AUGCGGACAACUGGCCCCACGGCCUUGCAGUCAGUUGCCCCCCCCCGGCCCACCGUCCCGCAGGUUGAGACGACGAUGCUAUCCGUCGCGCCGGGGACGGUACUGCCCGCUGGGGCCCCGUUUUGCCCCCCGGGCGUCUUUAUCCCACGGGAAUACUACAACCCGUCGAACGGGCGAGGGGUGCGGGGUGGAAGUGGGAAAGGGACGGUUCCGGCGACCGGGACGUUGGCCUCGGAGCUGCACAUGGUUUCCACAGCGACACCCAACACAGAGAACGUUGCCGUGUCGAAUGGUGAGUUAGAUUCUGCAGAAGUAAGAAGGAGUACUUCACUAACUAAGCAGGACACAUUGAAGGAGCCAUCUCGUGGUAUUGCACCAGAGCGUUCCGAGGCGAAUGCUGAAUCACCAUCAAAGAUAUUACAGGAAGACUAG